GCUGCCGCUCAGGGCCGGGCGGCGGGAGCGAGCGGGCCGGGCCGGGGCGGAGGGGCGGGAGAGGAUGCGGGAGAGGAUGCGGGAAACGGGGGAGAUCCCCGCGGGCGGCGGCCCGUGAGGGGGACGGCGGCGGGGCGGUCCGAUGCGGCGGCGGGGCGGCGGUCAGGAUGCACCAGAAGCUGCUGCGCAGCGCUCACUACAUCGAGCUGGGCAGCUACCAGUACUGGCCCGUGCUGGUGCCCCGCGGCAUCCGCCUCUACACCUACGAGCAGAUCCCCGGCUUCCUGAAGGACAACCCCUACAUCACCGACGGCUACCGGGCCUACCUGCCCUCCCGCCUCUGCCUCAAGAGCCUCUUCAUCCUCUCCAACGAGACCGUCAACAUCUGGAGCCAUCUGCUCGGCUUCAUCCUCUUCUUCACGCUGGGCAUCUACGACCUGACGGCCGUCCUGCCCGCCGCCGGCGCCUCCCGGGAGGACUUUGUCAUCUGCUCCGUCUGCCUCUUCUGCUUCCAGGUCUGCAUGCUCUGCUCCGUGGGCUACCACCUCUUCUGCUGCCACCGCUCCGAGAAGACGAGCCGACGCUGGAUGGCGCUGGACUACGCGGGCAUCUCCAUCGGCAUCCUGGGCUGCUACGUCUCGGGCGUCUUCUACGCCUUCUACUGUAACAACUACUGGCGCCAGGUGUACCUGAUCACCGUGCUGGCACUGAUCCUGGCAGUGUUCUUUGCCCAGAUCCACCCCAGUUACCUCACCCAGCAGUGGCACAGGCUGCGUUCCAUCAUCUUCUGCUCUGUCUCUGGCUAUGGAGUUGUCCCCACCCUCCACUGGGUCUGGCUCAACGGCGGCGUCGCGGCCUCCAUCGUACAGGAGUUUGCUCCACGUGUAGUUGUCAUGUACUUCAUCGCUGCUGUAGCUUUUCUCUUCUAUAUUUCCAAAGUUCCAGAAAGAUACUUCCCAGGACAGUUGAACUACCUCGGCUCCAGUCACCAGGUGUGGCACGUCCUGGCAGUGGUGAUGCUGUACUGGUGGCACCAGUCCAUGGUUCACAUCAUGCAGUACCGGCACAGCCAGCCCUGUCCUGAGCACAGCACCCACCUGUGAGCCCAGAGGCACAACAAUGGAAUUUCUGACUUAGAGGGUCUGGACUUUGCCUAAAGAGCUGAGCUAUGAAGUUAAGCACUGAGCCAGUUGCUUUUCUGACUCCUGGACUGUUACCUGCUUGCUGGGUGCUACACAAUGAGUUUUGAAAACACCAACAGCAGUGCCUGGGGGCUGAUGUUUAUUUCCCACCUGCAAUCAGGUACAAAAACAGGACUUCUGGAGAGGGACAGAGGAGAAGUGGGCUGCAAAACUCUGUUUGGAUCACAGCAGUGUUUGUUUUGUUUGGUAAACAAAACCAGCAGAGGCAAGUACCCCUGCUGAGCCCACAGACCUCUGUCCAGCUUUUCAGGGUUUUUUUCAAGUGCAUAAUUAAGAAACCACUCCUGGCAGCAGGCUUGUAAGGCCACAGGGACUCUGAGGCCUGAUCCUGAAGCAGAACCACAGCAGUACAGCAUGUUGGAUCCUUCACAACCUGUGCCUGGAUGGUGUGCUGUCCCCUCCCAAUCAAUAGCUGACAUCCCCUGGUGUUCAGUGGACUCUUGUACUGUUCUGGAUGAACUCUUUUUCCUGGAAGAUAAAACCACAUCAUCCACCAUAGCUGUAUCUUCAUGUCAGAUCUUGAAAAUUAAACCUCCCUCCCAAUAUGGGUAGUGCCACUACUGCAGGGACUGCCUCUGGCUCCCUUUGGUAACUUGGAAUUAGAGUGCUGAUGUAUUUCAGGAGUAGCACUAAGCCUGUGCAUUCAGUUUGUUUCUCUCCUGCCAUCAGUGGAGUUGCUAAGACUUUUUUUUCAAUGACAUUUGUUCAGCAGGACAAACUAACACAGCACACCCAGAGCAGUGAAUCUGCCAUGGAUUCAACUCACUGAACUUUCUUGUCCUUCUCCCAUGCAUAUCCCACUCUGUCCUGGCUGUUGCUGCCCUCCUGGGGAUGCAGAGGGCAGGGUGCUGACUCCAUCCUCCUGGAGAGGGGUGAUGGCAGUUUGUAAGUUCAGUGGCUGGGUUGCAGUUUGUUGUUGGUUUUUUUGUUGUUUGUUGCUUUUUUUCUAUUCCAGAAAGGAGCAGUGGCAAGAACUGACUUUGCAUUUAAGAUUCAGCUCCCAAACCUUUGAGCCUUUCAGUGUACACAGGUUUUUUUACUUUUUUUUUUUUUAACUUGACAGCCAAGCAAGUUUCAAGUGCACUAAUUACUACUACUGAAGCCUGACAAGGAAACUACAAGUAUAGAAAAUGUUUCCAGUGUUGUGUGAACAAUAUUUGAAGAAUGUGUCUAUCUAUUGAAAAAGCAUACUGACUUUCUAGUUUGCUAAUGUAUUAUGUAUUUUUUUUAUGUAAACUAACUACUGCAGCAGUUUUCACUGGGCAAGGAAACUGCCUGCAAAGCUGUACAUUUUUAAUACCUUGACAAAAUUUAUCAAGCUGCAUGAUGGUCUUCUGUGUACAUACUGAACCUGUAAAUAAAUAUCAGUUCCUUGGAAGUUUA